AUGGAGACUUCGUUCGCAAUUACUGGAAAGGGUUAUGUUAUCGUCGCCUCUGACACCACCGCGGCUCGGUCUAUCGUCAAGAUGAAAACUGACGAUGACAAGAUCAAAGUCGUCAGCCCUCAUCUACUCAUGUCCUAUUCUGGAGAACCAGGUGACACUAUCCAAUUUGCUGAAUAUGUUGAGCGCAACCUCCGUCUUUUCAACAUCCGAAACAAUUAUUCCUUGCGACCAUCCGCGGCCGCGUCGUGGAUUCGUCGUUCUCUAGCACAAUCGCUUCGUUCCCGAAAGCCCUACUCCGUCAAUCUUAUGCUUGGCGGGUUCGAUGUGACAACUGACUCUCCACAUCUGUACUGGAUAGAUUAUCUUGGAACGAUGACCGAGGUACCUUUCGGUGCUCAUGGGUACGGAAGCUACUUUGCUUUGAGUUUACUUGAUCGGUACCAUGAUCCGGAGGCUACACUCGAAGAAGGACUCGCGACUUUGAAGAGAUGCAUUGACGAGGUCGCAAAGCGUCUAGUCGUUAGUCCUGGAAAGUACAAAAUCAAAGUAGUGGACAAGGAUGGUACACGAGAGGUGGAGCUGUAA